AUGCCUGUCAUUCACAUUGUGCUCGUCAAGGUCAAGCAGUCGGUGCUGUCCAACGGCUUCGACGAGCUUAAGUCGAAAUGCGAGGAGCUCAAGGACCUUCCCAUCGCCAAGUCCAAAGCGACUGAAAUCAAAUGGGGACCGCCUGCCUAUCCUGGCCGCAACGAGGGCUACAACUGGGGUCUGUACAGCACCUUCGCCUCUCGCGAGGACUACGAGGCUUACCGCGACGACGAAGAGCAUCGCAACAACUGCGUCAAAGGCGGCGUCGCCUGCGAAGCAUUCCCCAUCAACAGCGUUUCUCGAGACAAUUUGCUACAGAUCUACGAUUUGUUGCAAGAAAGCACCCGACGAAACCGUGUCCUGGAAAAGGAGCUCAGCCUGGCUCGCGUCGUCGUCCCUGACUUUCUCGCUGUGUUCAGUGCUUUCAUCGCUAAGCAGGCGCCCAGCGGAUUGCGGCUCAGCGACACUAGUCGACAAAGUGGCCAAGCAAGCACGGCUUCCAAGACCAAGAUCAUGUUGCCGCUACCAGCUGCACUUGUCGCAACUUCCAGCACAAAUCCUGAGGCCCCAUCGUCUGCGACAACGACCGCAACACUGCUUUCUGCGGGCACUGAGCCAGAUAUCUGGGCGACGAUCAGAGCGCUGGAGGAGUGUUUCCCGGCUGUCUCUCCUGUCAUCAUUCAAGCAGCUGAGCAACUCGACCAGGACGUAAGCUUGACAAGGCUUUUUGACAUCGCUGCAGUUCCGAUUAGGGACUUGCGCCCCUUGCUGAACGGUACAGCGACCUGUUCCGAAGAAUCACUGCGCCAUUCUCUUGUUGAGCCGAGUCUUUCUCUCGAAGAGCUGCAAAGCAUGAUCUCUACAGCCAGCGACAUGACACGGAUUGCAGCGACGUUGCUGUGGGCUCUGCUUGCCCUUGCGCAGCAUCGGGGCGAAGAGCUGAUGCGACUAGAUACUGCCCUCACAUGCUUUGUCCAAAGUUGGCAAGCUAAGGCAUCUGCUCUCACGGGGUUCCUUGACGUGCAAGACGCUGUUGCUCUGUCGUUCUGCCGAGCAUACGAAUGGGUGCACUUGCAAACGGCGAUCAUGACCGGACAGCUUCUCGUCAUCGUCACGACGACAAGUGGUUUUCAGAAUGUCGGAGCGAUCGCCGCCAGCAACGACUUCACAGGCUUCCUUGCUAGCCUACACGUCGAGCAGAAGCGCCUCGAGUAUAUGGCUCUGCACCUCUUCAUCAGCCCGAUAGCUGCGAUGACAGACGCUCAGCACGAGGAAGCGAUAUGGAACCUCCUUAGCAGCAUCAAGAGCUUGUCCGAAGCCAACACACAGGGUUUCGACUCCUUCGGCGUGUCUCAUUAUGCAGCUGGCAGCUCGCAACGCGUGUUGAUGCGGAACAAGCUCGGGACGCAGCUCUACGGCAUGUUCCCGAGGAUGCUCUUUAUGCACUGUCCUAAUGAAAGGCGAAACUGGCGGUGGCUGCGCAAUGCUCUACCCCUCGCCGCCACCGCUCUAUCGUGCCACCACGCCGCCUGGAUGCAGUACAGCUGGUUGGGUGAUCAUGUUCUCGACGUCCUGACUUUCUCAGAUUUGUUGGCAGCCUUUGCAUGGAUUCUGCAACAAUGUCGGGCCCAGACCGACAUGCGCGACGACGUGUCCAACCAUCUCGGCAUCGCAAUUGAGCUGGGGGAUCGAUUCGCACACCGUUGGCCACAAUACAACGAAACAAUCCACAGAACGAUGCGCGACCUGCACGCGCUCCAAGAAUCCCCCCUCUCCGCAUCGGGCCUCAGCACGCCCUGGUCAGCCGCAUCUGUUGCCACGGCGCUUACCGAGUCGAGUUGCGUCCUGCGCACGCCCCAGGCCCAAGAGAUGCCGCAACCUGCCGCCCGUCCGCACACGCCGCCGCAGGAAGCGACUCAUCCGCACCAUUACUUCCAGCCGGACCUAAGGCAGCUGUACCAGCAGCAGGGACCGCCGUCUCAUGACUCGCGGUACUCGCAGCCGGACGUGAAGGGUGCACACGUGCCAGAGGGGUGGGGGAGUGUGCCGCUGCAGCCGAUCCAGGCCGAUUGGUCUAGCCGCGGCGAUGCGGGUCUUGCGCUCAACAGCAUCGCGGCUAGCGGCGGUGGAGUCGGUCAGCAGCUGCCCUUUGUUGACAUUGGCACGGUGCAGCGCAAGGAAGAGGCGUCGAUGGAUGCCCACACGAUCGACACGCCGUGGUCAAUGGCACAACGACCCUUUGCAGCCCUGCGCGCCCUCCCGCCUCUCAACACCGGCACCAUGCCGCAGCAGCAUCAGCAGCAGCCGGCACCAACAACAGCGACCAGCUCGCUCUUCUACCUCGACGAGCGUGCGACCGAUGCCAAGCCUUGA